AAAACUGACAAAAAAGAGAAAGAAACACGCACAGGCACCGCAGAAAAGUGUGAAUUAAAAAAAAAUGGUCCAAAUUAGCAGACACUCGCACGGGUUCAUAUUUUCUUCUUUUUAUUUUGAUAAUUAAACAAAAACAAGGAAAAGUGAAAAAUAUGGAAUGUGGAAUUGGAGUCAGGAUCAAGGACAGUUGGUUCCUGAUUUCUCCUUUUCCUUUUUUCAUUUCAUUUCAUUAUUAUUAUUAUUAUUAUUAUUAUUAUUAUUACUAUCAAAUUCACAUUCACUCAUACAAUCCAAUCCUCAAUCUCCUAGGGCUAUUAUUGUUAUUAUUGUUAAUUUUCACAUUAUUGAUUAUUGUUGUGAAUUCUUUCUCCCCCUAUUUCUUUCGCGACUAUGACGAUAUGUAGUAGAGGAAUAGUUGCAAAAUAAUUCACAAAUCUUGUGAUUUUCGCUUUGUGUUUUCUCUCGGAAACCCUAGGUUUUGUUGAUUUCUUUCACCUUCGAUGGAGGCGAAUUCCGAAGGAGAAGAUCGCGACAGAAUGGGCAAGAACGCUAAUAGUUCUAGCGAAGGACAACAGGCCAAGCCUAAGCGCCAGAUGAAGACGCCGUUCCAACUCGAAACACUGGAGAAAGCAUAUGCUAUGGAUACGUACCCGUCUGAGGCAAUACGAGCGGAAUUGUCGGAGAAAUUGGCCCUCACGGAUCGGCAAUUGCAGAUGUGGUUUUGCCAUAGAAGGUUGAAGGACAAGAAGGAGAAUCAGGCAAAGAAGCCGCGCAAAACGGCAGUUAUGGAGACUCCUGUUGACAAUUUUAGGACACAGGCGGGGAGUGAUUACGGGUCAGGGUCUGGGUCCGGGUCUAGCCCAUCCACAGAGCCGAUGAAGGCCAUAAUUGAUGAAGUGCCCUUGGGAAGGAGACACUAUGAGUCCUCGCCGCAGUCGGUGAUGGAGCUCAGGGCUGUUGCAUGUGUUGAGGACCAGUUGGGGGAGCCAAUAAGGGAGGACGGGCCAAUUCUGGGGAUGGAGUUUGAUGCCUUGCCUCCCGAUGCUUUUGGAGCCCCUUUAGCCUUGACAGCGGAGCAGCAAAAGCGGCUUGGGCAUUCUUACGAGAGUAAAAUAUAUGAGCAACGUGAUGUCAAAUUAGGCAAAGGCACAAGGUUACUCCAUGAUUAUCAGCUUCUCCAAGACCCGUCCAGUAUUAGAUCUGAUACAUAUGGGCAAGUUGCUCAGUCUCAUUUUCAUGAUCCAUCGAUUGUGGCUCUAAGGGCAAGAUCUUCAUUGCUUGUGCAUGGAGAUGAAGUCAUGUCAAGGGGUCAUGGUUUCAAAGGCCAUGCAUCCCGUGGUCGUAUGUUGCCUCAGCAUGGAAGUAAUGAUCAAGCCUUUCCAUCUCCUUAUAGUGAUGAUGAAUGUCUCCCACAGCAUGAGUCCUCCACGAGCAACCGAAUGAAUAUGCAUUUUAGUGGCCCCCUAGUGACUGGACCAGAAAAUAUGGAUAUCUCACCAGGUGGCCAAAUCUUCCAUGUUGAAGGUGAUCUUAAGAGGAAACGCAAGAGUGAUGAAGCUAGGAUUACGAGAGAAGUUGAUGUCCAUGACAUACGGAUCCGUAAAGAGCUUGAGAAACAAGAUAUUUUGAGGCGCAAGAAUGAAGAACGAAUGAGGAAAGAAAUCGAAAGGCAUGACCGUGAAAGACGGAAGGAGGAGGAGAGGUUGAUGCGUGAAAAGCAGAAAGAAGAGGAAAAAUCACAACGUGAGCAAAGGCGUGAAAUGGAACGGAGGGAAAAGUUUUUGCAGAGAGAGUAUAUAAGAGCUGAGAAAAUGAGGCAAAAAGAGGAGCUUCGAAAGGAGAAAGAAGCAGUGAAACGCAAAGCUGCCAUUGAGAAGGCAACUGCACGCAGGAUUGCUAAAGAGUCUACGGAUCUCAUCGAGGAUGAACAACUGGAACUCAUGGAAUUAGCUGCAAAAAGCAAAGGGUUACCUUCAAUGAUUCAUCUUGACCAUGACACUUUGCAGAACCUUGAGACAUUUAGAGAUUCUUUGACUGUGUUUCCACCUAAAUCCCUGCAAUUAAAGUUACCAUUUUCAAUUCAACCUUGGGUUGAAUCAGAGGAAAAUAUCGGUAAUCUUCUCAUGGUUUGGAGAUUCUUGAUUAGUUUUGCGGAUGUUCUUGGGCUGUGGUCUUUCACUUUGGAUGAACUUGUUCAAUCUUUUCAUGAUUAUGAUUCAAGGUUGCUGAGUGAGAUACAUGUUGCUUUGUUAAAAGUGAUAAUUAAAGAUAUUGAAGAUGUUGCUAGAACACCUUCUACUGGGUUAGGAACGAAUCAAUAUUGUUCCGCUAAUCCUGAAGGUGGACAUCCACAUAUUGUUGAAGGGGCAUAUGCUUGGGGCUUCAACAUACGCAGCUGGCAGCAGCACUUAAAUCCAUUAACUUGGCCUGAGAUAUUUCGGCAAUUAGCAUUAUCUGCUGGAUUUGGUCCACAGUUGAAGAAAAGGAGCAAAGCUUGGGGAUACUCGUGUGACAAUAAAGAGGGAAAGGGUUGUGAAGAUGUAAUUUCUACUUUGCGUAGUGGUUCAGCAGCUGAAAAUGCAUUUGCAUCAAUGCGAGAAAAAGGUUUAUUACUUCCGCGAAGAUCCAGACAUCGGUUGACACCUGGAACUGUCAAGUUUGCUGCUUUUCAUGUUCUUUCACUUGAAGGUGGCAAGGGAUUAACUGUCCUUGAACUUGCAGAUAAAAUUCAGAAAUCUGGGCUACGAGACCUGACGACGAGUAAGACGCCAGAGGCUUCUAUUUCUGUUGCUCUGACGAGGGAUACAAAACUUUUCGAGAGAAUUGCUCCUUCGACAUAUUGUGUAAGAGCUCCUUAUAGAAAAGAUCCAGCUGACGGUGAGGCCAUACUUUCAUCAGCCAGAAAGAAAAUUCGGAUAUUUGAAAAUGGGUUUUUAGGUGGUGAAGAUGUGUAUGUUGAAAAGGAUGAGGACUCUGAAUGUGAUGUCGAUGAUGAUGCUGAAGUUGAUGGUUUGGCAACUCUGUUGGUUACAAACAAAGAUGCUGACCAUUAUAUUGAAGAACAAACUUGCUCAGAAACUGGAAAAGACAAGGAUUGUGAUGAUGUUGAACAAAAUCAAAAUGAGUCUAAAAAGUUACUUUCAAUUUUACCUAUGAAUGACUCAGAUGAUACAAACAAACCAAUUAGGGAUGAGCAAUUCAUUGUUGGUGAAGAUAUUGAGGCUAGAAAUCUUGGUCCAGAAAGCAUUGAGAUUGAUGAGAGCAAUUCAGGUGAGUCUUGGGUUCAAGGACUUACAGAGGGGGAAUACUCUCAUCUCAGCGUUGAGGAGCGUCUCCACGCUCUUGUUGCAUUAAUUGGUGUUGCAAAUGAAGGAAAUUCUAUACGUGCUGUUCUUGAGGAUCGUUUGGAAGCUGCAAAUGCUCUUAAAAAGCAAAUAUGGGCGGAGGCACAAGUUGAUAAAAGUCGCAUGAGAGAAGAUAUUAUGAGGUUUCCGUUAUUUUCUGGGAGCAAAGCUGAAAUGAAACUUUUUAGUUCUGCGGCAGAAGGCGGCCAAAGUCCAUUGCCUGUGGAAGACCCAAAGCUAUUACUUGGUUCACAAAGCACAGAGAAUCAGCUAAAUGGCCUUCCUACUGAAAGGGCUUCAAUAGUUCAGGAUCUUUCCACAAAUCCAGAUAAUUUCUCUGUUCAGCACCAUGGAUUUGCAUCAAAGAGGUCACGCUCAGAAUUGAAAUCUUAUAUUUCCCACAUAGCUGAAGAGAUGUAUGUAUACAGAUCACUGCCUCUAGGUCAAGAUCGCAGGCGUAAUCGAUAUUGGCAAUUUGUAGCAUCUGCUUCUAGAAAUGACCCUUUUUCUGGUACGAUCUUUGUUGAAUUGCAAGGUGGCAGAUGGAGGCUUAUUGAUUCUGAGGAGGCCUUUGAUACUCUAUUCUCGUCUUUGGAUACACGAGGGAUUAGAGAAUCUCAUUUGAGUGUUAUGCUGCAGAGGAUUGAGGCUUUCUUCAGAGAAAAUGUCCAGAGGAGUGUGUGGUGUUGCAACAAUGUUAACAAAAGUGAAACCACAAUGAUAAAUGAAACUCCUGAAAUGGAUUCUAGCUCUUAUUGCCCUGCUGGUGCGGACAGUCCUAGCGGUAUGAUCCGUGGUUUGAAUAUUGCUAUUUCAGAUGCUUCUUUCAGGGUUUCGCUUGGGAAAAAUGAAAUUGAGAAGGAGGCUUCCUUAGAAAGGUACCAAGAUUUUCAGAAGUGGAUGUGGCACGAAUGCUUCAGUUCAUUAAAACUGUGUGCCUCAAAAUAUGGGAAAAAGAGGAGUUUGCAGGUACUAGAUUCUUGUAAUCUGUGUCUCCACUGUUAUGUCCCUGAAGAAAAUCAGUGCCCAUUCUGCCACCAGACGAUUGGUAGUGCUGAUCCUAGUUUCAGUUUCAGUUUUUCUGAACACACAGUUUGCUGUGAGGACAAAAGGAGUUUAAUUCCCAAUGAUGUAAAUAUUUCUUGUUCCUCUCCCAUGGGAAUCAGGUUGAUAAAGGCUCUGUCAGCUUUUGUUGAGGCAUCUAUUCCCCUAGAAGCUCUUGCAUCUUAUUGGACAGAAGAUAAUCGGAGGUCUUGGGGAGCAACGUUAAAUGUUUCAUCAUCUGCUGAAGAACUGUUACAGAUAUUGACUCAACUUGAGCAUGCCAUAGACCGAGAAAGUUUGUCAUUAAGUUUUGAGACAACUAAGGAAUUAUUGGGCUCAUAUGUUUCUUCAGAAAAUGUUGUAUUUGAUUCUGCUGAUGGAUUAGUUUCUGUACUUCCAUGGAUUCCGAGAACGACUGCUGCAUUGGCUCUUAGACUUUUUGAGCUUGAUGCAGCCAUCAUUUACACACGUGAGAAAAUUGAGCCUUGCGAGGACAAGGAUGUUAAAUUAUAUGUGAAGCUACCUUCAAAAUAUUCCCCUCUAAAGAAUAAAGAGGUUGAACCUAAAGUAGAACAAGAUGAGUAUACAAAAGAAGAGAACCACGCGGACCCACGUAGUAGCCGUAGCAGCUACCGGCGUGGGCGAGGUGGUCGUGACCUAGGAUGUGGAACAAGGUGGCAGAGAAGAGGUCCUUGUCUCAAGUCUGGUUCUGGCAGGAAAAGUGCUAGAGAAAAUGAAAAUUUAAAUCAAAAGUUGAGACAGCAGGGACAAAGAACCAACGGACAAGGAUAUGGACGUGGUCGCCGAACAAUUAGGAGGAGGAGAGCUGACAGAGUGACGGCUGAGGUGUCAGAUGAUGAUGUAGCUGAUGAGACCAUCAAUAUUGAGGCUAACAGACAACCGCGAAGAAACGUGGUUGUGGAAGAAUGGGAUGGUGAAAUAAUUGGGACGCAUAUGGGCGGUCUGGGUAACAGUAAUUGUGCAGAAGCUGCGGACUCUGAUGACAAUGGUGAAGCAGUCGGGUAUGAUCAAGUGAAUUGGGAACAAGGUUUUGAUGACAUCUCCAACAAGUGGAAUGAAAACCUUAUGGACGAGAGUGAUGAAGAGAUCAUGAAUGUCUCUGGAGAUGAUAAUGGUUUUGAGGAUGAGGGUGAGGAAGCGAUAGUGGGAAAUAUUGAUGUGAGUGAAAGCUCAGAUGAAAAAACAAAUAAUAAAGUAGUGUUUGACGAUGGAUCGGAAUCUGAAUCUGAAUCCAUGGACAAUGAUUAUACUGACUAAAGUAAUGAUACUCAGAGCAGAUUUCUGGAGUACUAGGAAAAGCUCUUGGUUGAGACUUGAAUAGGGGACCUAAACUUGUAUAUAAUAAUUUUAGGGAAUGAAGGGUCCGCCUAUUCACAUGUUACAUUAUUGAGCGGGUGGGAGAGGAAAGAUCCUCCUAUUCACAUGUUAUUAUUGAGAGGGCGGGAGAGGAAGGAUUCGCGUGACUGGUAGGAGGAGUAAGCCCUAUUUUACAGUGUAAUUCAGUUGUAGAAAAUUAGAAAUGGGGAUAUUGAUUGCGAGCUUACGCUGAGAAGGGAGGGUUCUGCUGUUUUUUCCUCCCUCGGAACUUUUUCAAUUGUACUUUUAUGGUCAUUUGUAUUAAUUAAAUUAUGAUUUUUAAAUACGAAAUGAAAGCGAAUGAGAGUGACUCCAAAGAACUUGCUAUGGGAGUUGAUAUGUUAUUGUAA